AUGACUAACCAUUAUCCUCAUAUCCCCUGCGCAUCACCUCAACUUCUCUGCGUCUCCUCGGCUCUCAUGCUCUCUCUGCUGACUUGGGCGUGUCCCGAGCGCGGCGCCAGCUCCGGUCGCCUAUGGCGACGACCUGCCCUCAGCAGCUCUUUCCGCUCCAUUUGUCUUCUCCUUGUAUUGACCGCCUUAUCAGUUGCUUUUCGUCACGAGACUCUCAGGGCUUCUACCGUAACCCUCUCCUCAUCCAUUUACAUUUGCCUCCUUCUGCGUGUUUAUGA